CCAAACACCAUCCUUCUCUCUCGUUGAAGAAUCCCCAACCUUUAAGAGACAAACCAGCAAGAACCUCCCUCGACCCACCUCGUUCCUCCGCCGCAAACCUACCCCGUGUCCUCUCCACCGUCGAUUCACCCCGUGUCCUCAUCCAACUUCUCUCCUCCGUCAACCGACCGCCGUUCCUCUGUCAACUUCACCGGUAUUCCUCCGUCGGCCCCGCUUCCGCUUCCGCCUCCGCCUCCUCCUUCAACCUCUCUCCUCCAUCGAAGUAGGUCCAUAAGAAUUCAUGUAAGGGAGGGGAUCUUUGUUCUUCGUGUAUAGUGUGACGUCGCUGCACUGAUACAAAUCUGUGAUGGCAUAGGAAAAGACAAGGACGAUGCGGGAUAAGCCCGGGAGCAAAGAGGAAGUGAAAAGGGAUUAUGGGGUGUUUGGAUGCCUAGGACACACCAUUCUGUCUUCCAAAUCUCUCAAUCUACUGUGUUUUUAAGCAGAUCGCCACCAAAAGCUUGAAGAUGAACAACCAAAUUAGCAGUGCGGGGCUUGAACUAGCAAAUUUGCUGGUGACUUCUCCUCCCCUGCACCAGUCAUGGGACGCGGUUCAGAAGCAAAAGCUCCAGACAGCUGCUGAUCCGAAUGCACAAAUGGCCUUAUACAUUAGUGAAACCAAGCACUCAAACACCACCAUCAUAUCUUUUCUUACUUCACCAGUCAAGGUUCAAGAUCCACAAGCGAUGAUUUCAUCGAAGACUCUCAAGGACACAAAUUUUCUUCUCUUUGAGUUUUUGUGCAGCAAAAAAACCCCAAGUUUCUCCGUCAAUGAAUUGACAAUCAACUUCUUCGCGUUGAAUCACAUCAACCUCGACCUUCUGCGAACAAAGCUGGUAGAAAGCAGCAAUUCCAACUCAUCGAUACUUAUCACUGGACAUUCUUUUGGAGGCUGUGUAGCUACCCUUUUCACCUUAUGGCUGCUACAAAGCCUCAACUUGUCGAAAGCGAAGCGUCCCCUUUGCAUCACUUUUGGUUCACCCUUGACCGGUGACGAACAACUCCAACAAUGUGUGUUGCAAUUCUCAACUUGGAGUUCUUGCUUCUUGAAUGUAGCCUCUAUCAACGAUCCUGUACCUAAAGCCUUCCUAACAGCUUCGCAAGCAAGCAAUUACAAGCCUUUUGGAACAUUCCUAUUGUGCUCCGCUUCGGGUGGUUCUUGCUUUGAUGACCCUGAUGCCAUUUUGCAACUGUUGGUGGACACCGGCUCUCAGAGUGCUCAAAUUCAAGGUCCGAAUUUGGGGUUUCAGUAUUUUGAUUACGGACAGAUUUUGAGUGAUCUCAAGCUGAAGGCGUUUUCAAGAGAUGUCUUUGAGUUGGUUGAAGAGGAUAGAGUUCCACUUAAAGCUGGAAUUAAAACACAAUUGGCAGCAAUAUUUGGAGUUAAUAGCUCACAGUCAUUGCAGCAGCAACAACCCGACAUAAAUUUCGGCAAUCUGAUGCAAAAGAUGGAAACUCAAGAACGUAACCACGCAAUCCAGAAGACGCAGGUUUACAGUUCUUUCUGGAAAUUGAAUGAGAUUAAAAAGUACAUGGCCUACAUGGAAGGGUACAAGAAGGAGUCCAAAGAGAUGGGAAUUGGAUACUAUGACAGGUACAGAAACAAGCGUUGCUUGGGUGACAUUAAUGCCGAAGAGUACAAGAAGAAGCUCUCGAAUUACUGGGAGGACACUGUUGCGGAAGUUGAGAGCAAUCCCCAGAAAGAAGGAGCCACAAUGCGUACUCGUUUCCUAUUUGGUGGAACGAAUUACAGAAGGAUGAUCGAACCGCUUCACAUUGCAGAGUACUACAAGGAAGGUGGAAAAGAUUACAUAAAGGAAAGGCCUCGACAUUUCGUUCUGUUGGAGCAAUGGUUCAAUGAAGACGCGGAAAAGCAGAAGCCAGAGAGAGGGCAGAAAGAAAAGGAGAACCCCCAACUGCGUGGCGAAAGCAAGUCGAACUCAAAAGCGAAGAAUGUGGCUUCAAGUCUGAAUGAUGAUUCUUGUUUUUGGGUGCAUGUCGAGGAAGCGCAUAUCUUAUGCAAUGAACAAGCGAGUAAUCCAAAUGCCAAGCAAAUGCUGAUGGAAUUUGAGCAGUACGUGCUGAAUAAUCUCGAGAAGUUUGCAGUGACACCUGAUAUUUUCUUGGCCCAAAGCAGCUACAUGCAAUGGUGGAACGAGUACGAAAAAUGGAUGGGAAAUGACUAUUCCUCACCACUCGCCAAGGUCAUGAAGCGUCACACUUAUACCAAGUAUGCGGAGGGGGUCUCGGUUCUUGCCGAUAUAUAAUCCAAGAUAAUUAAGUUUUAAGCAAGUAAUUAAAUCAGAUAAAGCAAGAUUAGUUAUGCUGUAUUGCUCAUGAUCUUCAUAUAGAAAGUUGUGCAGUACUUGUAGGGCUUGUUGGUGCUACUACUCUCGAAUAUUUUUGUUUGUGUUUUCAUUUUGUUUUGGGCUCUACCUCUCUUGUACAAAGAAAAAGAAUGUGUGGGGGGUAUUGUUUAAUUACGAUGUUAUAAUUUCCACUUCAUCGUUGCAUUUUGAUUUCAUGUGAGGGCUAUCCUAAUCAGUAAUUGGAAUAAGUUAAGACUUGCGA